AAAAAACCCCAUCCAGAAUAAUUCUUUUUUCCCACCACCAGAAGAUCCACCACUUCUUCCAUCUUUUUUCUCUUCUCUUUCCACUCUCCAACUCUCAACUUUUACAACAUUUAUCAUUACUACUAGCUCCUUGAAAGUCUCUCCCGGAGACCUGUGGUUCUAGUCAUCAGCACUCGAGAGAAGAAGUCUUUUGACUUUAAGAAUUUCAGCGACAGAAACCCCACUGGGACCGUCGCUAAGGAACAAACCCUUCAGUUCUUACCCAAACCCCACCGUCUUCCUUCGAUCACAGUCCGUUGCUGUGAUCCCCUCUACAACAACCGCAAACAUGGCUUCCAACGACAAGGGUCUCGAGGAGAUCCCCGACGCUCAGAUCGAGUCCAACUACGAUGAGGUCACCGACUCUUUCGAUUCCAUGGACCUGAAGAGCGAGCUGCUCCGCGGUGUCUACGCCUAUGGUUUCGAACGUCCCUCUGCUAUCCAGCAGCGUGCCAUCAUGCCCAUCAUCAAGGGCAACGAUGUCAUUGCUCAGGCUCAGUCCGGUACUGGAAAGACCGCUACUUUCUCCAUCUCCGCUCUCCAGAAGCUCGACCCCAACGUAAAGGGCUGCCAGGCUCUGAUCGUUGCCCCCACCCGUGAAUUGGCCCAGCAGAUCCAGAAGGUCGUUAUCGCUAUCGGUGACUUCAUGAACAUUGAGUGCCACGCCUGCAUUGGUGGUACCGCAGUCCGUGAUGACAUGAACGCCCUCCGCAACGGUCCCCAGGUCGUUGUCGGUACCCCCGGCCGUAUCCAGGACAUGAUCCAGCGCCGUGUCCUCAAGACCGACCACAUGAAGAUGUUCAUCCUCGACGAGGCCGAUGAGAUGUUGUCCCGUGGUUUCACCGAGCAAAUCUACGACAUCUUCCAGCUCCUUCCCCAGUCCACCCAGGUUGUCCUGCUCUCCGCUACCAUGCCCCAGGACGUCCUUGAGGUCACCACCAAGUUCAUGCGCGACCCCGUCCGUAUCCUUGUCAAGAAGCAGGAACUUACCCUCGAAGGUAUCAAGCAGUUCUACAUUGCCGUCGAGAAGGAGGAGUGGAAGCUCGACACCCUCUCCGAUCUCUACGAGACCGUCACAAUCACGCAGGCCGUCAUCUUCUGCAACACCCGCCGCAAGGUCGACUGGCUCACUGACAAGCUCACUGCCCGUGACUUCACCGUCUCCGCCAUGCACGGUGACAUGGAGCAGUCCCAGCGUGAUGUUAUCAUGAAGGAGUUCCGCUCUGGAUCCUCCCGUGUCCUCAUUGCCACUGACCUUCUGGCCCGUGGUAUCGAUGUCCAGCAGGUCUCUCUGGUCAUCAACUACGAUCUCCCUGCCAACCGUGAGAACUACAUUCACCGUAUCGGUCGUGGUGGUCGUUUCGGUCGUAAGGGUGUUGCCAUCAACUUCGUCACCGCCGACGAUGUCCGUAUGAUGCGCGAAAUCGAGCAGUUCUACAGCACUCAAAUCGAGGAGAUGCCCAUGAACGUUGCAGACCUCAUCUAAACUCCUUAAAUCCGAACCACCUAAUGUCUUCGAUGCGGGUUACGAAUGCAGUUGCCAAUAACGCUCCAAGGGUGAGUUGCGGUGGAAAAAGACCUGUUUUUGAUCGUUGCAGCUUCUCUUGGUAAAGGGAAAUCCUUCAAAAGUGGCUUUCUGUAUCUCCAGCAUUUUGUUUUGUGUUAUCAGGAGCUGAUGGGUUCUAAACGACUCCCCGUUGACUGCUGUCUCAUGGUUUCCUUUGUUCAUGCUUACGGAGAUGCGACAAUGUUUGUGCGAUUGUUUAUGCUGUAAUUCAUGAUUGUCUCUUCUGGGAUCUCUUUUCACCUCUUUUUCCUUUGUCCCCUUUUCCUACAUUGCUCGUUAGUUAGGUCAUUGUUACCUGACUGAGAAGGCGAGUAAAAAUGUUACUCGCUCAUGGUUUUCUCCCUCAGGAGGAAGAAGGCCAUUUACAUGUUCAUGGAUCUGGGGUGGUUGUAUACCUGCUUUAAAGUAUGGAGCACAAUAGACAAGAGGUAAAUGCCAUUCCGUUUGGUUAACUAAGUUUUGAGUUUGAUAUGCUCGUAGGUUUGU